AUGGCAUCUAUAACCAAAAUCGUAAUUUUGAUCACCGCAAUCAUUGUCAUCAACGGAGAUGCACUUUACGUCUUGAGUAACGAUACGGACAGACCCGACGAUCGGAUUUCCGAUACGUCGUCCUACGUGAAGCGGGAUCCCCCUUACAAAAAAAGAUGUGAUGAUGGCGUUAUUGAUUUAUUUUUUGGCUGCACCGUUACAACUGUUAGAAGUCUUAUUCAUCCGAUAAACCGUGACUAUUAUGAAGUGAUGCGACCAAAGGACCCAAGUUCUCCCAACACAGAGUACGUCAUCAGCAAGAAUGGAGGCCUGAGGGCACGACGACAAGGCCCAGUUAAGACUACUAAAGGUUCAGAUGAUGGACCUAACGUGGUUAUGUCACUCCUCGCCAGAUCCAAUUCUCCGCUAAGAUCUAUGAUAAGAAACAGAAAUCGUCGAUCGCCCUCAAUACAAGACUCAUCUUCCAAUAAAAAAAAUAAAGUGGUGAUUAUCCAGACGCCUGUCAGUAAUCGACCACCAAAGCGGCCCAUUGUAUCAGACAGUCAAGACUAUGAACAAUCAGGACAUUUUGCUACCGACGAACAAAUCUGUAUAAUUAGUAGGUACAUACCAAAUUAA